AUGGAGAAAUCGUCUUCGUCUUCGAUGCAGUCAAAGUACACAGGAGUAAGGAAGAGGAAAUGGGGGAAAUGGGUUUCAGAGAUCAGACUUCCAAACAGUAGAGAACGUAUUUGGUUAGGAUCUUACGAUACUCCAGAGAAGGCGGCGCGUGCAUUCGACGCGGCUCUGUUUUGCCUCAGAGGAAGCGAUGCGAAGUUCAACUUCCCUGAUAAUCCUCCGGUUAUCUCCGGCGGAAGAAACUUGAGUCGAUCGGAGAUAAGAGAAGCGGCUGCGAGGUUCGCUAAUUCGGAAGAAAAUGUUCAGAUAGAAGAAGAGGAGAUGAUGGUACAUAGGGAAGAGUCUGCUUCAACUUCGGUUGCUUCGUCGUCGAUGAUGAUUGAUUCGGAGUUUUUGAGUAUGCUUCCGACGGUUGAUUCGGGUAAUUUCGGUUUGGAUUUCGGGUUGUUUCCCGGGUUUGAUGAUUUCUCUGAUGAGUAUUCCGGUGAUCGUUUCAGAGAACAGGUCUCACCUACACGGGAGGAGUGUUAUUAUCACGGGGAAGAGAAUUACGAUACGUCGAUGAUUCUUUGGAAUUUUUGA